GUCGCGGCGCGGGCCGGGUGGUGUGCGGACCGGAGGCGGGCAAGGGGUACCCGCCGCUGCAUCCGCACUCUACUGACGCCCUAGCCCUGCAGGCGGUCCCGGGUGGUCCCAGCUGUCGUCCCACUUUGCAGCCCCCACCCCUCCGCCCUUUGUGCCGCCGGCGCCCCCAGUUCGGCGGGACCCGGGGAGCGCGGGAGCCAGAGGCCGCACUGGGCGCACGGCCGGUAGCGGAUGGCGAUCACGGGCGGCGGGCGCAGGGGCGCUGCAGCCCGAGCCCGCGACGUUGGAAGCCCCGGCCGCCUCCGCCGCAUUGUCCCGGGCUGCGAGCCCAGGCCCUGAGCUGCCGCAGCGCCCGCCCACCGCCACCCGCGGGGCCAUGCGGAGAGCCGCGGGGAUGGAGGACUACUCCGCAGAGGAGGAGGAGUCCUGGUACGACCAUCAGGACCUGGAGCAGGACUUGCACCUAGCCGCCGAGCUCGGGAAGACCCUGCUGGAGAGGAACAAGGAGCUGGAGGAGUCCCUGCAGCAGAUGUACUCCACCAAUGAGGAGCAGGUGCAGGAGAUCGAGUACUUGACCAAGCAGCUGGACACACUAAGGCUCGUGAACGAGCAGCACGCCAAAGUGUACGAGCAGCUGGACCUGACGGCCAGAGACCUGGAGCUGACCAACCAGAGGCUGGUGCUGGAGAGUAAGGCUGCCCAGCAGAAGAUCCACGGGCUGACGGAGACCAUUGAGCGCUUGCAGUCCCAGGUGGAAGAGCUACAGGCCCAGGUGGAGCAACUUCGAGGCCUGGAGCAACUUCGGGUUCGCCGGGAAAAGCGGGAACGCAGGAGAACCAUCCAUACCUUCCCCUGCCUGAAGGAGCUGUGCACAAGUCCCCGCAGAUGUGAGGAUGCCUUCCGCCUACACAGUUCCUCUCUGGAGCUGGGUCCUCGGCCACUGGAGCAGGAAAACGAACGACUGCAGACCUUGGUUGGGGUGCUCCGUUCCCAGGUGAGCCAGGAGCGACAGCGCAAGGAGCGAGCGGAACGGGAGUACACCGUGGUGCUCCAGGAGUACACGGAGCUGGAGCGACAGCUGUGUGAGAUGGAGGGCUGCCGCCUGCGCGUGCAGGAGCUGGAGGCCGAGUUGCUGGAGCUGCAGCAGAUGAAGCAGGCCAAGACCUACCUGCUGGCCCGGGAGGAGCACCUGGCCGAGGCUCUGCUGGCACCGCUCACUCAGGCUCCUGAGGCCGAUGACCCCCAGCCAGGCAGUGGAGAUAAUUCUAAUGCCCAGGAUGGUGUCUCCUCACCUGCAGCUUCCCCCAGCCACGCAGUGCGCAAGAGCUGCAGUGACACGGCGCUCAAUGCCAUAGUGGCCAAAGACCCAGCCAGCCGCCAUGCUGGCAACCUCACCUUGCAUGCCAACAGUGUGCGCAGGCGCGGUAUGUCUAUCCUGCGGGAGGUGGAUGAGCAGUACCACGCGCUGCUGGAGAAAUACGAGGAGCUACUGAGCAAGUGCCGGCAGCACGGCGCCGGGGUGCGGCACGCGGGGGUACAGACCUCACGGCCCAUCUCCCGGGACAGCUCCUGGAGGGACCUACUGGGGGGCGAGGAGAGCCCAGGAGAGGGCAAGGCAGGUGAAAAGAGCCUAAGCCAGCACGUGGAGGCUGUGGAUAAGCGGCUGGAGCAGAGCCAGCCGGAGUACAAGGCACUCUUCAAAGAGAUCUUUGCCAGGAUCCAGAAGACCAAGGCCGACAUCAACGCCACCAAAGUCAAGACACACAGCAGCAAGUGACCCCUCUCUAGGCCUGCUGCCUCCCUCCACCACCCGACCAGAGGGGUCUCUCAUGCCUGGCUGGCAGCCUCCUGGCAAGUGAGAAAGCCCUUUAUGCAGCAAUCCAUCAUAGCAGGUGGCUGGAGCAUGCUCGAGGAGGCCUUUCUGAUCUGGGGACACCGCAUAUUUCCUGCUGGUGGCUCUGCUCACUUGUUCUGCCUCCCUUGGCCACUUUGCUUCAGCUUGAAGGCACAGCUCAGUUUAAAAGCCAAACACACUCCCCACCCCGCCACUGCCACCCCCACCACUGUCCCUCGGGGCUUUUCAGCUCCCCCAGCCCUCGGCUUCUGGACCCCAUGUCUCACCCUCAGAUUGCCGCCGCCGGUCUUCUGCAAGCCUUUCUAGCUUUGCCCUCCAAAGUUUUUUUGUUGUUUUUUGUUUGUUUGUUUGUUUCUGAGAGAUUUGCAAUGCAAGGCCUCCUGAAGCCUUGUCACAACUGGAAACACUUGAAAGGGGACCUCAGAGCCAGUCGUUGCUGGUAUCUGGGAUCUCCCAGACCAUUCACUGCUCCUUGCCAGUUAUGACUGUCAUUCCCUUCGCACCAGCUGUACCACUCCCAGAGGUCUGAGCAGGGCACAGAUAGCUCCCACCUUGCAGAGCAGGAAGUUUAGCCAGGCUCGAGUGUAACCCCUCCAGCCCUGGCAAAGGGCUUCAGCUCACCACAGAUCUGUAGCCAAUCUGUAUAGAGGAAGAGGGAACCCCACAACAGCCAUCCACGGUUAGUGUCCCUUUCCUCUCAGAGCCAAGUCUCAUUCCUGGCAUUAUCCUCUGGGCAUGAAGCCUUCCAGGGGCCGGGAUGGUAGGGAGUUUUGCCCUUCCCUCCCUCCCUCCCCGAGCCUGCGAACCACCUUUGCUUUCAUUCCUUUCUCUGCGCCUGCCCCCAUCUCAGGGACCAUGAUGUCUCAUCCAGUCCUCUCUUCCUCAAGCCACCCAGGGACAGAUCACAUCUGCAGCCUUCAGAAUGUCCUGUACGAGUGUCACCAACCCAGGUCCAAGUGUUCAUGCCUGUCCUUCACCAGGGGACUGUAGGACCCUUACUUGUUUUGUUUGGUUGGGCUUUGAUCUGUUUUUUUUGUUUUGUUUUGUUUUGUUUUUUUGAGACAGGGAUUCUCUGUGCAGCCCUGGCUGUCCUGGAACUCACUCUGUGGACCAGGCUGACCUCCAACUCAGAUCCUCCUGCCUCUGCCUCCCACGUGCUGGGAUUAAAGGUGUGAUCUACCACUGCCGGGCCCUCAUGUUGCGUUGUGUUCUUAAGUUGAGGAAGAACGGUCCCCUUUUCCACCUUUCUACAGAAUGCCUGCUCUUUACCUCCCACCUCUAUGGGGAUGACUUUUGAGGCCCCACCUGGGUCAGGGGUUCGAUAUUUUAGUCUAAAACUUCAGAAAGUCAAGCAUCAGCUAAGACAUGCCCAGGGCCCCAGCUUGCCCUCAGCAGCCCUUCAGGGCUUCUGGCUCCUUCUGCCACCCUUCUCAAGACUCUAGAAAUCAAAGGAGCCAUACAAUCCAGCGUGAGGCAGUGACUGUGGCCUCAGUGCUGGGAGCCCAGUAGGAACCAUCAUGCCUUAUCUCCUUCUAAUGGGUAAAGGGGCUUUCUUAUCAAGCAUGUCUGACAUCCCUUGGAGAGGCUACGCGGUUCCAGGUGGCACUGGGAUGCCAGUUGGCAGCUGGAUCCUUCUGUUCACACGACUUGGAGCCUUUUGUCCUUUGGGGCUGGGUACCUCCAGACCCUCUGUGUGUCCCUGUCAGCUGGGGAUGGGGAGGACUUCAGGCCUGUUCACUUCCCCAGUUCUGUAGCAGCCGAUCAGCGUCACCUUUGAAGUAUACAUGAGAGAAAUAUAUUUACAAAUGCUUUAUUCUCUUCUUUAAUAAAAAGUGCACCAGUAUUCUAAAAGCACAAGUGGCCCUGGAUCUAUAGUUUCGCCUUCGAGUCUCACAGGCCCACUGCCCCCUGCCAUGCGGCCCUGCGGAUGACGGAUGGCGGGUGUGUCCUUUGAGGUUGCUUUGCGCCCUGAAGUCUCAGCUUUCUUAUGACUACUUACCUAUGAUUAG